UUUCCAUGGCAACACGGUCCUUCGCUCCCGUAGGACUUAAAGCCCCUCGCAGGGCCCGGAGCGACAGCAGGCCCCGGAAGCCGUCUAUUCACUCCCCGAGUUCAGUCCGUAGCCGCGCGACUCGCCGCACCUACCUCUUUUCAGACCUGUUCAGCCCGUUCCAGGAACCUCGGCGCUCACCCCGAAUCUCCGGCUAAGCCAACUGGACUACACUUCCCAGACUGCUCUGAGUCUCUCUCCUCGCAGAACCCCGUCCUCCGCUUGCUUUUCUCGGAGGCUCCACGGAACACACCACUCGACGCGCCCAGACUCUUUUCUACUACGAUUCCCAUCAUGCUCCACGCCGCCCAGGACGCUGCGUCCGCCCGCGACCCACUUCCGCAGGCAACCAAAACUAAGGCAUCUGAUGACUUAGUCGCUCCUGUUGUGAAGAAACCACACAUCUAUUAUGGAAGUUUGGAAGAAAAGGAGAGGGAGCGCCUGGCCAAAGGAGAAUCUGGGAUUUUGGGAAAAGAAGGACUUAAAGCAGGAAUUGAAGCAGGGAACAUUAACAUAACCUCUGGAGAAGUGUUUGAAAUUGAAGAGCACAUCAGUGAGCGACAGGCCGAAGUGUUAGCUGAGUUUGAGAGGAGGAAGCGAGCCCGGCAAAUCAAUGUUUCCACAGAUGACUCAGAGGUCAAGGCUUGCCUUAGGGCCUUGGGGGAACCCAUCACACUUUUUGGAGAGGGUCCUGCUGAAAGAAGAGAAAGGUUAAGAAAUAUCCUUUCAGUGGUCGGUACUGAUGCCUUAAAAAAGACCAAAAAAGAUGAUGAGAAAUCAAAGAAGUCCAAAGAAGAGUAUCAGCAAACCUGGUACCAUGAAGGACCAAACAGCCUGAAGGUUGCUAGACUGUGGAUUGCUAAUUAUUCACUGCCCAGGGCAGUGAAACGCUUGGAGGAGGCCCGUCUUCAUAAAGAGAUUCCUGAGACAACGAGAACCUCCCAGAUGCAAGAGCUGCACAAAUCUCUCCGGUCUUUGAAUAAUUUCUGCAGUCAGAUUGGGGAUGAUCGGCCUAUCUCCUACUGUCACUUUAGUCCCAAUUCCAAAAUGCUGGCCACAGCUUGUUGGAGUGGGCUUUGCAAGCUCUGGUCUGUUCCUGAUUGCAACCUCCUCCAUACUCUUCGAGGCCAUAACACAAACGUGGGAGCAAUUGUAUUCCAUCCAAAAUCCACUGUCUCCUUGGACCAAAAAGAUGUCAAUCUGGCCUCUUGUGCUGCUGAUGGUUCUGUGAAGCUUUGGAGCCUUGACAGUGAUGAGCCAGUGGCAGAUAUUGAAGGCCAUACAGUGCGUGUGGCCCGUGUAAUGUGGCAUCCAUCAGGACGUUUCUUAGGUACCACCUGCUAUGACCGUUCAUGGCGCUUAUGGGAUUUGGAGGCUCAAGAGGAAAUCCUGCAUCAGGAAGGCCACAGCAUGGGUGUGUAUGACAUUGCCUUCCAUCAAGAUGGCUCCUUGGCUGGCACGGGGGGACUGGAUGCAUUUGGUCGAGUUUGGGACCUGCGUACAGGACGUUGCAUCAUGUUCCUAGAAGGUCACCUGAAGGAAAUCUAUGGAAUAAAUUUCUCCCCCAAUGGCUACCACGUUGCAACUGGCAGUGGUGACAACACUUGCAAAGUGUGGGACCUUCGACAGCGGCGUUGUGUCUAUACCAUUCCUGCCCACCAGAACUUAGUGACUGGUGUCAAGUUUGAGCCUAUCCAUGGGAAUUUCUUGCUUACUGGUGCCUAUGAUAACACAGCCAAGAUCUGGACCCACCCAGGCUGGUCGCCACUGAAGACUCUGGCCGGCCACGAAGGCAAAGUGAUGGGCCUAGACAUUUCUUCCAAUGGGCAGCUCAUAGCCACUUGCUCAUAUGACAGGACCUUCAAGCUCUGGAUGGCUGAAUAGGCAGGACCAUGGAAGAAGGAUUCUAGCCUCACUCUCUCUUUAGAGCCAUUUUCAAAGGAAAGGAAUUGAUGUGUUUUGUUCUGUCAUGUAUUUUGCUAAUUACCAUGUAUAGAUCCUCAAAAGAAUUGGAUUUCCACGUCAGCUCCCACUUCAAGCAGGCAGCCCAGUCCCUGGGUGUUGGUGAACCCCUUUCAUGGUUGAAAUUUUAAUUUUCAUCUUCAAGCCCUGCCAUGAACUUUGUAGACAUUGUUUUUAUUAAUCUUUUGUUUGAAUGCCCUGUUGCUUCCCUCACAGCACUCAGGAUUGUGACUAACUCCAUUGUUAAUUCUUGAAACUUAGCUUUCCAUUACAUGGUACAUGCUUCAGGACUACAUGUGACCCAGAGAGCAAGGUGGCUGGACUAUAUUCUGGAAGCCCUCGAGUAGAGAGACACACCUCACCAUGCACUGGCUAAACUGUGCCUGACAGAGCAAGAACCCUGAGAACAGAAGGUGAAGAGGUAGACCACAGCUAUGCUUAGGGUUCUGCAUUAGAGAAUAUUUUACCUCUUCCUGUUGAGUUCACUUGGAAUGCUAACUGCAUUGGGAAGCUCAGAACUGAACAUUUUCCUCGUCAGAAGAUGUCUUCCAUUUUGCUUUCAAGUUUGGCAUCCUUUGUGCUACCCAAAAAGUAGGCCAUUGUGUCAAGAUUCAAUGAAAUUUUUAGAAAGCAAAGAUUAUGUCUCUAUUGUGCAGGUUCUUUUCUAUUGGUUAUUUAAAGAAUGUACCCUUCAUGUCGAGGUAACUGUGGAAAAAAAUCCCUAAUGGGUAUUCCUAAACAUAAACUUUUUCUUUAUUAUAUACUUGCUACAGAGUAAAAUCCUAUCUAAAAAACUGCCCUUUAAAGAAUUAUCUUGCAUAGUUAAGUAUUUUCUGAAUCCUAGGCAUUGGUCCACGGAGGUCCCUUUUUUUUUACUUUGAGAUACAGCAAAUGAUCUCAAGUAUGGCGUACUCCAAUUCUGUCUCCUUAGUAAGCAUUCUGUUGGUAAUUUUUUUAAAAAAUGGAGGGCUGUUGCAUUGUGGGCGAGACUACCAGUGAACUGUAUUUGGACUCUAUAAUUCUUACUCAUUGGCCAAGCAGCAGUUACUUUCAGCUCUUUCCACCCCAGGUAUACAACCAGUGAACUCUGGAAAUACACAAAAAAAUUCACACAAAAAUAGAGGAAUUGGCAAGAAGAAAGGAUUGUGUAUAGAGAAUUCAAGAAGGGCUUAUAUGAUGGCUUCUCCUUGAACGUUCAAAACACUUUUCCUUUGCUGUUCCAGGGAGGAUGAGAGUGACUUUGUCUGGCUCUGUCGUGCAGACUAGGAAUGUGUGAUAUGUAGCUAAAUAGUCUGUUUAAUCUGAUUUCAAUUAUAACCAAGUAGUUGCAUAUCCUGUGUACCUGUUAAGCUUCUGGAUUAUCAGCUCUAUUCUGUGUUGGGCACUUCACUGUUGUUUAAGUAUUAAUGGGCUCUAUUUCCUCCAUAGUUAGCCAUGAAAAGAAAUUUUCAUUACUACCUUUGUAGUGUGUUUAAUGAAUGUUAGUGUAUUAACGUGCAGCUUUCAAAUAUAGUGUGUUAAAGGUU